GAGGAGGGGAGGCAGACAGAAACUGGGGGCACUCGCCGGCACAACGGAGAGCACUUUUUUUGGUGAUUGAGGGGACCUUGUGUGGCUCGGAGCAUCUCCCUCCGUCCCCCUGUUUGGUUUAAUGUGUCAGGUCGGCGCUGGUUGCCGUCAUCCCUCGGAUAUUAUUUAUAACCGACAAGAAAAUUGGAUGGGACGCACACACGGGCAAGACAAUCCCGGAAAUAACAUGCGUACUCUCAGCCUGUCACGUACGCUCACUGUGGAUUUGCAUUGCUGUGGGCUGCCGUAGAUCCUCUCCACAGCCUCAAAAUGUUUAUAAAUCGGAUGCAAACAGAUUGAGAUUAUUAAAUAAGAUAAAGGGGUGAAAUAAAAGCAAGAAGAACAAGACUUGGACAUGAAACUUCUUGCGGCUGUGACAGAGCUCCUCUCCGUCAAGGAAAACAGCAGCUCAGCUAGAAAAUGAAGCGAGGACGUGAGCUACGUGCGCAUCCAGCAGAUGACGAGGUGAAAUGGAGAGCUUGGGACACACGGACCUUUUAAACCCAAGCUCUUCCCGCGGAUGCGUCGCUGUUUCAGCCUCGCAGGAGAGAAGGACGAGCGGACAGCAGCUUGUGUGCGGACCGGCGGAGAUUCAUCACACGUACCGAGCGGACAUGGGGCUUAACGGCUUCUGCGCGGCGCCCGUCGGGAGCCCAACAGCCGCGGAGUUACUCGCGGGUCUGGCCUCUCAGACCGACUCCCCUGGAAUCACAACCCUGACGAAGCAGUCCAAAACCGGCGUGCCGAUCUACAACGGUGGGGUGGUGUCUCCAUCUGCCACCGUGGAAGGCAGCCACACAGGCGCUUUGGCUCACACACCAAACGGUUACCCUGCACAAAUGAAGGGGAUGGUGGGGGGCCCUAUGUACCCUGUCACUAGUAGAGCCUGUCUGGUGGAGAACGGGGACCACACAGCUCAUGAGAAGUGCCCUUUAGUGAUGAGGAGGCUCAAUGGUGACCUGAAAGCCAGACAGGUGCAACAACAGAAACGGAGGGGUGGGGAGAACCGGGACUUGGGGUCAGAGACUCUGAAUGGUCUCACAAGUGGGUCACCGGGUUUGGGAAGUUCUGUGGACUCGGUUUUUGCUUCAGGAGACUCAGACUUAAAGCGGAGAAGGUUGGCAGAUGUAAGUGUUGCUCACAAAUCUUCAGAGGCCCCCAGGGUGGCCCGAUCAGUCGCCCCGCUCACAGUCAACUGCAGCAACAGUUCCCAUAGCAACCAAAUGACUAUCAAUAAUGUGCACUGUGUCACUCCCCAAUCUCCCUUCACCCCUCCUGUCCCCCACACUAACCAGCACAACGGACAUAAUGUGGCAUCGGCUGGUCCACCAGCUGCACCCAGCCAGACCUCCCCCGCGGAGGCUAAUGGCAUCCCCACCCCUCCACCUUCUUCAGGCGCUGGCUGGUCAGCAGAGUGCAUAGCCCAGCAGUACAUCAUCCCCUGCAUGAAGUACUACGGCAUCUGUGUGAAGGACAACUUCCUUGGCCCUCAACUGGGCGACAGGGUCCUGGAGGAGGUGGAGAUCCUAAACCGCAGUGGGAAAUUUCGGGGCGGGCAGCUGGUGAGCCAGAAGAGCAUUCCCUCUCGGAGCAUCCGGGGCGACCAGAUCGCCUGGGUGGAGGGACGUGAGCCCGGGUGCGAGAGCAUCGGGGUGCUGAUGGCUCACAUUGAUGAGGCCGUCAUGUACAGCGCUGCCAAUGGACAGCUGGGGGACUGUGUCAUCAAUGGACGCACUAAGGCCAUGGUUGCCUGUUACCCAGGUAAUGGGGCAGGAUAUGUCCGCCAUGUUGACAACCCCAACGGUGACGGACGCUGCAUCACAUGUAUCUACUAUCUUAACAAGAACUGGGAUGUCAAGAAACAAGGAGGGUUGCUGCAGAUCUACCCUGAAGGCAAAAAUGUGGUGGCCAACAUCGAACCUAUGUUUGACCGGCUGCUCAUCUUCUGGUCUGACCGCAGGAACCCACAUGAAGUCAAGCCAGCCUACGCCACUCGCUAUGCCAUCACAGUCUGGUACUUUGAUGCCAAAGAGAGAGCGGAGGCUAAAGAGAAAUACAGAUUGGCAACAGGACAGAAAGGUGUUCAAGUGCCUGUCACUCAAAACAGCAGGACAUAAAUCUCAUCUAAUCACUGGAGAGCACUCUAAAAGUAUUAUGUGCCUUUCUGAACUGCUAAUGGAUGCCACGAUCAUAAAAGGGAGACACCGUUAAACUGUCAGUCAUGUCCGCAGCUCCGUGCCACUGUUUCAGUGUCAACUGUCAGAUUCACAUCAUGGGUUGUGAUGUAAUAUUUUCCUGCCGUGUGAUUAGCCUGCUGAUCAAAGAUGUGGCAGAUAACGAGCACAACAGACUGGAUUGUGUGACGGGUGAGGUCGGGUCAGAAUAGUCUGCAUGGCAAAAGAAGAAGACAACCAAGAGAAAGUAUUUCUCUUCUUUAGACAUCUCACUGAAUCAUCUAUGAAGACAACUAACUGAAAAAAAAACUUUACUUUCUUUUGUUGCCAUUUUGCCUGUUCAGUUAUCAGUGAUGUUGUGACGUAUUAAGAAAUCAUUGUUUUACUCUGAUCUGGUGUAAUUUUCAAUUCAAACACAAUGAGCAUAUAAUGUAUGAUGAAUCUGUUGUGAAGUGGUCCCCUUGUCUCAUGAUGUGGGCGAGCAUGUAUGUGGGGUCAGUGUAAAGACAGAGGCACAGAAAGGAUAAAGCUUGAUAAUACAUCAAAUGACUGUUGGUCAUGACACAGUGGAAAGAUGCCAUAUGGUACCCUAAGCGCUAACCCUAAACAUUACUGGAUGCACACUAAAUAGAGUUCAUAAAAUAUUCCUGGAUGGUAUUGCAAUAUCUGGCUAUCUUUUGCAACAGCCUCAAAAUGUUAGCGCAAUAAAAAACACUGAGUAAUCCAGCAUGGACGUUUCAUUUAUUUCAUUAGUUGCAAUGUAUGUAUGCAACAGAUUUUCAAGCACACAAAACUUUUCUACGUACUUGAUGUGUUCUGCUCUCUGUUUGACUGAAUGCAUGGCCCACACUUGAGACAAGAGGUGAGCUGUCCAGUGAAAAGGGUCAAAACAGGGUUUGAUGAAAUUGAGUGUGUUUUCUGUGUUGGCGUGUUUUCUGUAUUGGCGUGUAUGUAUGUGUGUGUGUGUGUGUGUGCGUGUGCGUGUAUGCUCAUAUACCUGUAUGCAGAUUCAGCUUGACUUGUACCUGUUCUAAACAAGAUGAAAACAGAUGAACCCUCUGGCCAAACAAACACACACAUAUACACAUAGACGGAUGAAUAACAACAGCUAAUUUAAAAAAAAGAAUAAAAAGGACAAAGUUAUACUAAAAAGUACUUAUCAGAUAACCUCAAACAACCUGUACACUUAAGACCAUUUACAGUAUAAAGCACAGAGUAAAGCAUACACUGUAUGUGAACUGCAGGGUCAAACUACCGCCUGCUCAUGUGUGGUGGUGGACUGAAUAUGUUUGUGUGUAAAUGUGUAUUUGCACAUGUAUGUGACAAAUUCCGCUGUCUUAGAGAGGGUCACAGGUAUUGUCUCAGUGUAUGUGGGGUUGAUUAAAGAGAAGGUUAUUUUAAGAAAAAAAAAGCACUUUAUUGUUUGAAAUGCCAUGUGUGAAUGAUAGAAAAAAAAAUAUAUAACUAAAAAUGUAGUUUAAUGCCUUUAUGAUGUGGAUAAUAUGGUCAUUCAAAUGCAAUAGAAACUAAAACAUUGAGAACAAAUGGAAAUUGUUUGCCUAAUUCUUUUUUUUAAUUUUUGAAUAUUUAAUUAAAACCUGUUUGUUUUUGUACACAAA